AUGGAAAAUGUCCAAAACUCUCAGGACGAUGCCAGCUGUUUCCAGUGGCCCUCUUGUUCAGACCGCAGAAACAAGAGAAAGGAGAAAUAUGACUACCAAGAGGCAAAACUUCCCUAUCCUUUUCUGGAAUAUGCGGUUACUAAUUGGGCAUUUCAUGCCAGCAAGUAUGAUGUUGAGGACGAAGAAUUUUACCAUUGUGUUGCCGAGUUCCUGGAUCCAAAUAGUGUAGAUUUUAGGACGUGGUUAGAGCUCGAGUGGAUUGGUGGGCAGAAGUCUGUGCCAACACCUCUACACAUUGCCGCUUUCGCUGGUCUUAUCACAUAUGCCAGGACAUUGAUUGAAGAAGGUGUCUCGGUGAAUCUUGGUGAUGGCGAAGACCGCACGCCAUUACACUGGGCUUGCACACGAGGUCAUACUUCAAUGGCCGCCCUUCUCCUCGAAGGGGGCGCAAUCGCCAAUGCUGAAGAUGUUCGAGGUGUGACGCCCAUUCGUGAAGCGGCAAGGGGAAACCAUGCGACCGUUGUGAAGCUGUUGCUAGACGCCGGUGUUCUAUCGUCCUGGUCUAAGCCCGCUUAUAUUACACGGUGCCGAUCCUAUAAGUAA